CUGUUUUGUUUAUGAUGGAAAAAAGAAAAUUAUCAUCAUCAGAAGAGUCUCAAUACGAUCGCAAGCUGUCAUCUUCAGAAAGCAAACGACUAAAAUCAUCGGACUUCAGAACAGAAGAAUUGACGGACAUUGGGCUAUUUUUCGCGGACAAUCCGAUUACUGUGUUAGAGCUAAAAAAAAAGCUUAAACUUGCACUGGAAAUAUUUCCACUAAAUGACAGAAGAAGCCGUAGGAAUCUGAGAAGAAACACUGUAGAGAUACCCACGUGUAUUGAGUCACUGUGCAAGUUUACAAAAGAGCAUGUUAAUUUUAACCUGGAGAAUGUUGACUGGAAUAAGAAAGUGUCAUUAGCACCAAAAUUUCGAAAUGAACUUUUAGAAUUUGAAAAAGAAGCAAUCAUAGACCUCCAGGAGGCAAAAAUACUUCUUAUGGAAUUUUCAGAAGAAUUUCUGAAUGGUGAGACAAAUGAGUCUGGUUUGAUGACUGACAAACUUGGCAAAAGAAUGUUUUUGGAUUGGUCCACGAAUACAUCCAGAUUUCUUUCGGAGAUACAGAAAGUACUUCAAAAGUUAGGUUUACCAUUGGAAGUACCACCUGAACCGAUUAGAGAUAAAAUUGAAGAUGUUAUUUUAAGGGAAAGUGUUUUCACAAGUUUGUUCAUGAAGUUUACAGAAAUCUUUUUUCUUCAGCCAGACUUUGGAGAAAACCGAAAGAUUUCAAUAAAGAUAAGAAAUAAGUAUGUUGGAUGUAUUCCUGAUGUAAGAUUUAAUCAACGUGUACAGAAAUCUGAAGGCAGAUCCUGUUUAUUGCUUAUGCUGGCAGAGGUGAAAAAAGAUGCAUUAAAGCUGGCAGAUGAUGAUGAUGACUCCAAAACCCCCUGGAUAGAAAAACAUUUAAAAAAACAGGUACUUGGACAGAUUGGAUCACAGCUAUUAUUAGAAUGUUGGCACUCUGUGUUUGUUCCAAAGAGUCUAGGGAUUGUUUGCAUGGGGACUGAGAUAAUUUUUCUGUACAUGGACACAGAUUUUAACCAUUAUGAAGCUUUGAUGGCAAACAACAUCACUGACAGCCAUAGAUCAACAAUUCAUUACACAAAAUCGUUUGAUAUCAUGAAAAUGGAGGACAGAAAUGAGUUAGUUGAUUUUUUAUUCUGGUUGGGAUGUUUACAGAUACAAGAUUUUAAUGAAUACUUUUGUUGUUAAGGUUAUCAGUAUUGAUAGAAAUAUGUUCCUGGCCAAUCCUGGCAAUAGUGUAGUGUUGCAGCAGGCAAAUAUUGGCAAUAGUGAUACAGCUGGCCAAUUAUGACAAUAGUGUUGCAGUAUGGUGAGGAAAAUGCAGUCAUGUUUAUAUUAACCUUGAUGUAUGAUACAUUUUUGUAAAAAUAUAUAAAUGGUAUAGGCCUGAGUAACACCAGCAUAUUCCUCUUAUUCAAUAACACCAGGAAUAGAGCUUUGUAUAUUGGAAGACCCAUAAUAUACAGUUUAGCAGUCUACCACCACUUAGCACUUGAUAAUAUUAAGAUUGUACAUGGAGGUUUUUCAUCAAUUCAUAUUUUUGUAAUCAUUAAAUUUAAUAUUAAAAAAAAAUUUCUGACA